ACGACAGAAAUAGAAUUUAAAAAUAAAUUUCAAGAAGAAAGGCCUGUUAAAAAUUAAAAAAAAAAGAAAAGAGAAAGUCCUUCGAGAACCGAGUCACAUCAUGGCUAAUAUGGCAGUAUCCCGCAUUAAGCGAGAAUUCAAGGAAGUAAUGCGCAGUGAAGAGAUAGUACAAUGUUCGAUCAAAAUAGAAUUGGUUAAUGAUAGUUGGACUGAAUUACGUGGUGAAAUAGCUGGACCACCAGACACGCCAUACGAGGGUGGUAAAUUCGUAUUGGAAAUCAAAGUGCCCGAAACGUACCCUUUUAAUCCACCAAAGGUACGCUUUGUCACCAGAAUUUGGCAUCCAAAUAUAUCAUCAGUGACAGGAGCUAUUUGUUUGGAUAUUUUAAAAGAUAACUGGGCGGCUGCGAUGACUUUGCGUACCGUUUUACUAUCGCUGCAAGCUUUAUUGGCCGCCGCUGAACCCGACGAUCCUCAAGACGCAGUGGUAGCCUAUCAAUACAAAGAUAAACCGCAAUUAUUUGAAAUGACCGCACGACAUUGGACCAAUGUUUAUGCAGGAGGUCCUCAUAGAUAUCCGGAUUGUGAUGCAAAAAUUCAACGUUUACAAGAUAUGGGCAUUAAUGAACACGAUGCUCGUGCCGUUUUAUCAAAAGAGAAUUGGGAUUUGGAAAAAGCCUCCGAAAGUCUUUUCAGUUAGCUUUAUUAACAUGAAAAGCCUUUUAACUUAAGACUCCAUGGACGAGUCUUCAAUUUGCGUGAGCACUAUUCUCUUUUUAAUUUUGUCGCUAACGGGUGGAGAGUAAAAAAUCAAUGCGAAGCACGUCAACCCCAACAAACGGAGAUCUCCAAGUAAUUCUCGAAAAACGAAGGAAGUUUUGUCCCUAAACAAUUAUCACUCUACUCUCUCUCUCUCUAUCUCUCUUCUGCUUUACUUACAUAUUAAUUUCUCCUUUCUUUUUUUCUCACAGUAACGAUAAUGUUGUUAAAAAAGAAAAGUU